AGAUUAAGGCUAAACGGCACAUUUCGUUGGUCUGAAAGCCAAACGAAAGACCUUUUGAUAAAUAUAGCGGACGCAAUAAAAGAGAAUCCGGACAAUUUUGAGAAACCAACUGCUCAAAGGUUUUACAACAAAAUUGGCGAAAAAGCUCCAAAUUUAAUGAAUAUUAAAUGGGACAUAAUGAGGACUAAAAUGCGGCAUUUGAAAAUGACAUUUUUAUCUACGCUCAAGUGGAAAGGCCAGACUGGUGCAGGCUUACUUGAAAGUGGUGAUCCUCAUAGUGUGGAAGAAUACAUAAAAGAAAUAUGUCCUUUUUAUGAAGACCUUCUCGUGAUAUUUGGACGUCGCAUAAGUGUUCAGCCGCCAGUGAUUUAUCAAUCAACAGAGUUGGUGUCACCGUUGGACGAUACAUAUAUAGAAUAUAUUACCCCAGAGAUAGACCACGACACAAGUUCUUCGAGUCCGUUACCCAGUUCGUCCGUUAUUAUGUAUCCACCUGCAGAUGAAGUAGUUAGUCCGUCCGCUAAUUUUGCAUGCACAUCUACACCAAGAAGAAAUAUGAAAAGAUCUCAUAGUAGUUCAAAUCCAUUUUCAUUACUUUUCGAAAUCCAAAAUAAGAAGUUGGAACUAGAAACGAAAAAAUUGGAAUUUGAAAAAGAGGAAAACAAUUUUCAAUUGCAGAAAUUACGGUUGGAGAAAGAAAUGGAAGUAGAAAUGGAAAAAGUUAGAUUGGAACACGAACGAUUGAAAAGCUUAAAUAGCUCAUAAUUUGCCAAAAUGUAAUCAUCUGUAUUCCAAUAUAAGAUUUUUCCAUUUUGCCUUUUUCUUUUUAAUACAUUUGUUGGUUUGUUUUACUUAUAGUGACUUAGUGAAUAUGGUCCACCUUGCUUU